CCAGGCGCGUCUCCGGAAGCACACAGAACCCGCAGACAUGGCACCUAAGCGGUCCAAGAGCUCCGUGUCCUCCGCAGCCGCCGCCCCCGGGGGUUCCCGGUCCUGGGAGUCCGCGCUCAUCAGCGCCCAACUGGAGGAGGAGAGGUGGAAGGUCAGCAUCGCAUUUGUGGUGGAGAACCAGCAGGAGGACCGGCUGCACACCCGGGCGCUGUCACAGGCAGUGUCUCUCCCCCAGCGACGGCUCUUCAGCCUGGUGUCAUGGGACACAGUGCUGCAACAGGUUUAUGAACUUGGAAAUCCAAAGACAAAGAAAAUGAAAGACAGUCCGCAGUAUUACGAGGUGACAGAAGCAGCGAAACUCCUACUGGACAACGGAGAGAAAUUACCGCUUCCACUGAUAGCGAAGCUGCUGAAGUUCCAGUUCCUGUGCAUCAAACAGAAGGACCUGCAGAGGAGGGAGGCUGAGAGGAAGGAUGCCAACCUGCAAGAUAAGACGACUAAGAGUGUCAAGGCAAAACCGUCCAGUGCAAAGGGUUCUGGGAAAACCAAAGCCAAAAAGGCACCCGAGGCUCCAGCUACUAUUAAGAAGACCACCACCCUGAGGCGGCGAGGGGAAGAAGAGGACACCAAUGUCUACAUAGAUGACGAGCCUGAUGAUGGACCCCAGCAUUAUAUCAUCGUACUCGGAGUCUAUCAGCCCCAGAUACUGGCCCUGUUGGCUGAUCUUGGAGUCCAUGUGUCCAGUGUAAUCCGGGUCUCUUCCCAGAACUACAGAAGCUUGCCGGUCCAUCAGGAGGACCCAGACUCGGCGCCGGACGUUGUAGAAGCCGAGAGACAGAGGAAGGAGACAGUCACAAAAUCGCUGGAAUUCUUCUGGAAAUAUCUAGAACCAGUUCUGAAUGCUGGAAAGAUGGAAUCUCCCCUCAGCCAGGUGGCCAGACUGUUGUACCUGGUGAAGGAAAGUGCGCAGCCCACUGACUGGAGCGAUGGUGACGGGCAGCUGGCAUACGCCACGGAGGUGUACGAGAACAUUGCCUGCCUCGUGUACGAGAACAUUGCCUGCCUCAUGUACGACUGCCUGGACUGGAGGAGACAGCACCAGUACUACCUGGAGAACAUGCGGAUCAUUCACGUCCCGGCAGUGGGUGAGGAGAAGGUCCCGGAAUGGCCGGCCUCAGCCUCAGAGGCGCCUGCUGCACUUUAUCCAUCUUCACCGACUGGCAGAAAGAAAGGUCAACAGGACGAGAUCCCUCACAGUGUCUCCCUGCCAAAUCUUACACCAGUCCAUGUGGAGGUGGAGGUGGAGGCGCUGGCUCUGGAUGUGGAUAUGAGGUUUUACAAUGACCUGUUGAGCGACGUACCAGAGGAGCUGCAGUCCGUCCCCGUUAUCGUACACUGCAUGCUGGAACAGGUUGUUGCAACUGAGAAAGAUCUAGUCCCUCCGAGUGAAAUUGUGCCGAACCACCGAGUGGAUGGCUUGGACCCCACCAUCGCUGACCAUAUGAUAUCUGUUCUGGAUUCACUUUCCCUCUCCGAGAAAGAAAAGAAGAACCUGUACAACACCUUCCUUGUUCAAGACAAAGAUGAGAAAACAGAGGAAUCAAAAGGUCCACAUCUGCUUAGUUACCAUGACAAGAUCACUGAGAGGACCUACCAAGUGCAGGCCCCAAAGACUUUCAAUCCCAUUAAAAUUGAAAAAAUGAUGUUAAAUGAGCUGCCAAUAGUGCAACAUCUCCCCAUCCUGCAGCUGCCUCCUGAGAUCAGUUCCCGAAGACUGGCUCACAUACACGAGCUCAUGCACUACUGCAGCACAGGGCGGCUGUCAUUGGAAGAACUCACAAGGGCAUUUAAGCUUCUCACAUUUGAGAGUCUAACACUGAGCGGAUUUGAUGAGUUUGGGGAGCUGGAGGGUCCGGGGAAGAUGUUGGGGGAAGACGUCCACAUUCCCUGGGACAAUCCAGCAGCGUUUGCACGAGACGUGAGUCGGACUUGGAGUGUCCGCAAGAUGUAUGAGAAAAGGCCGUGCGAUGCCUCAGGGGGAGCUUGUGUAGAGGUCCAGGACGCAGAGGAGGAGAACAAGGAUAGCAGAGGGUCAGAGACCCCGCGGGCCGACCUCAUAGACAUUCACAGGACGCAGAAGAGGUGCCUGAGCGACUGGUGUUAUACUGAGCACUACGACCCCGCCCUUCUCACACAGGUCCUGCAUGACGCCGGGGAGGCUUACACGUGCAUGGAUUUCUAUUAUUACACCCAGGACAACUGCCUGCUCCUCAUCCUGCACAAUCCUAUGAACCCCUUCCGUCAGAGCCAGGCCUCCUGGGACAUGGCUCUCCAUUCCAACGUCAGCUUCAGAAAUUACCUGGAGCUGGUGGCAGAUUCUAUCUCCAACUGGGUGCAGGAAAAAGAGGCGAAGUAUCAGGAGGAAAAGAGUGAGAGAGAACUGGAAGCUUUGAAACAGGCUCAGGCCUUGCAGGACAGUAGUGUUGUCUCGAAAGACGUCUCUCCCAGCAGAAAGAAAGGCAGGAAAUCCACCUCACCGGAAAAAUCUAAAAGUCCCAGGGGCAGUGGCUCAAGACCAGGGAGUCGGGCCGAAGAAGCAUCGACCCCAGACCCAGACAAGGACUUGUUUUUGCGGGAGGACUCCCUGAAGGCCUGGAAGAUAGAACAGGACCGACUGAAGGAAGAGGAACGCCUUAAACUGGAAAAGAAAAACACGAAGCUCAGUAAGUCGGGCGGCAGGAAUAAGGGAAGGAGCAGAGAGCGCACUGGGUCCCGGGAAGGGAAAGGAUCCCCCAGCAGCAACAAGAACAUGAAGGAAAACAAUGCAGAUGAGGAACAGAAAUCUCAGGGGCCCGUUCCCGGUACAGCGGACAGCCCUGCUGCACCCUGUAAGGACGAUGUCAGAUUUAUCGGUUACGACAUGGGAGACAGUCUGAUCCAGGUCUCCGGGAGCACCCGCUGCCUCUACCCAACAGAUGGGGGGCAGAUUCAGGUGGAACAUACACAUUUUGAGAAAGGUUCUUCCUUUGUAAAACUGAAAUUACUGAAAGACGGACACAACUUCCUGAUUCACAUCAUCAAUCCCAAGACCCCGGACAAGCAAGAAGAUAUUGUGCAAGUGGAGCAGGGAGGGACGCCGGUCUCCAGGAACAGAAGUGUCUGUGAGUUUGGGUCGUUCUCGGCCACUCUGCAGAGCAGGAUUCAGCUGUCUCUCAGCCAUUACGGCGCCUCUGGCAGAGGACCAGAGGAGUGGGAUCCGGAGCUGGAGGCUGUGCUGGCGUUCCCGUCCGUCCACACUCCCAGCAUCAUCCCCACGCCCCCGUCCCAGCCUCCCGCUACUCCUUCUGGGAAGAGCCGCAAGUCCCCCCGAGCUGCCCGCAUGAAGACCCCUCAGGUAGCAGCCCCGGAGGAGGCUCCCAGGAACCCAGAGGGCAAGGCUGAACCCGUUAUACCGCCUGUGCCAACGCCAACAAAACCUGUCCCUGAUACCCCGUUCCAGGCCCUGAAUGUCUCCUACCCCAAUGGCCUUCUACUGACUUUCCUGAGAGAGGACCAAGCAGGUGUGGUAGCUGGGGACGGCUGCAUUGCCCAGAGACUGCUCAUCAGACAAUCUUACCCCGUGAAGGUGAAGAACGCCCGAUUGUGUAAUCAUACCAGGGACCCAGAGAUCUCUGAGGCAUCCCGCAUCAUUACAGCAGAGGGCGCUGUGAUCAGGUGUAUGCUGGAUGGAUCCACGCAGGUUCUCUUUCCUGAUGGAACUGUCAGUCAGAGCCCGGAUUCAGGCCCCGUCGUUGAGCAGCGACCCUCCGGCCUCUCGCAUACAGAAGUGCCUGAGACCCCAUCUGCCGAUUCCCUACCAGUGGUACCGUCUUCUGCUUCCCUGGACCUCAGAGAGCCAGCUCCUGAGCCCAGGAAAGGGAAAGGGGGAUACAAAGUGCCACCACCACCCAGGCCAGAGGUACCAGAACCUCCUCCAGCUGACUCUUUGCCAGCCACCACGAGUGUCCCAGUGGUAGAACCUGGAACCUGGAUCACAACUACCCCGUCUGGAGUGCAAAUAGGCACCCGCGGAUACGAGAGGCUGCAGCUCCCAUCCCUGCGGACCUACCAGGCCACAGACCCGGUGAACAGGACGGUGAUGAGCACGCGGGAGGAUCAGGUGGUGAUGGUGGUGAGAACGGACGGGACGGUGAUUGUGGAACACGCAGACGCGACAAGGAUUACAACAUUCUACCAAGAUGUGGAUGUCCCCCUUCCCGGGCAGUACGAGGAGACUGGGGAGAUCCCACAGAGCAUCAGGAAGAGAGUGAAGUUUAUCCGGGUGGAGAGAGCGGAGUUUACCACCAUGAUUCUGAACUGCGAGGAAAACACUGCGUGCGCCGUGUCUGGUGAUGGCACCGAGAUCCUGGCAAAGCCGCAGGGAGCUUAUCUGGUGUAUCCGCCAAACUCCGGAUGUCUGUCUAUAAACCAUGAGGGCCGCGCAGUCUAUUCCCCGAGGCCGAGCUACUCUGACCAGCUGCCCCACAGGCAGGAAGAUCUGCCCCCAGCCAGUUACAUCAUGUCUCACACACAGAAUGUCAUCUGUGAGGCGCUGGAUCCAGAGGGGAAUCUCUUCCAGGUGAUGGUGGACGGGAGCACGUCGGUAGUUAUCUCCGGCAGCGACGCCUGUGAGGAGGAGGAGUCAGAGGAGAGAGAGAAAACACCGGACACCACCAUACAGCGCCCCCCUGAGGUGUACGAUUUACACACACCCAGGUUCUUCAUCAUCAAUGCUGAUGGAUCCGGGAGCGAGCUUCUCCGUAACCGGGAAGUGGAGGAUUACCUGGCUGCCUGCUACUGUGAGCCGGCAACUGCAGUUCUGCGGGAGCCAACGCAGGAGAUGCCAGGGGUUCAAAGCAUCACUGUCCUCCAGCCCUUCUCCGAGACCUCCCCAUGGGUAAUGAAGAAAGAACUGAAUGACAUUGUGCCCCCCAAUCUUCUCUCCAGAAGCUGGAACACCUUCCCCUCUGUUGAGAGGAAAACCCCAGGGCCUCCUCUGGGUGUUGGGGUGUGGAAAGGUCUCCAGAUUGGUUCCCGGGAUGUGAACAGAGUUCGGCCACCAGUCCUGAAGUGCCCUAAUGUACUUAAGAUCCGUCAGCUACAUCUGUAUGAACCUGUUAGUAAGGAGGUACGAGAGAAGCUGGAGCAGUCACUUAAGGAGUAUAUUGAUAAAGUUCUGAAGAAGGAGAAGGAAUCACAAGAAAUAGACAUCAAAGAACCAAGAACCGUGGAGGAGAAGGAACAUGCGACUGACCUACUGAAGCUGGUCCUGUCACUGACGGACUUCCAGGACUCCCCUGACCCCCCCAGGCUGGAGCGGAUACAAGGCGAUAUCGCCAGUCUGUAUGAGAGCGCAGUCUCUCCACCACCGCCACCUCCCCCACCAGUGGCGGGACCUGCGCGGAGCGUACGGGACCGGAACAAGCUCAGGCUGGAGCUCACGCAGCACAAGGAGCAGCUGGAGGCUAUGAGGAAACGCCACAUCCCACCGUACUUCCAGUCAGAGCUUGGGCUAGAGUUCCUCAGGAAUCAGACCCCGGACAUGGAGCGUCUGUCUCGGCAGCUGCCCCCGAUCCCCAGGGCUCAGGAGGAAGAGGAGGCGAUGGAAGAGGAGCAGACAUUUAGCAGCGAGGAUGAAGAGUCAGCACCAGCCGACUCGGGGAAUGCCGUCUGUGCUGCAGGUGCCCAUGAUGAAGCCACAUGGAUGAGCAGGUCACCAGACACAGCUGAGAACUUCAUGUGGCCAGAAAUGACCUCGACACAAAGACAUCGUCCCCGCAGCCACAGCCUGGAUGUAGAUGUGACCGGACAGCCCCGGAGAGAGAAGGUGAAGCUUCCGGUGUCCAUCCUCAGCGGGAAGCCUUCGUCUGUGCCCAAUGCCAAGUUUGCAGCGGUGGAAGAUCCAGUGAGACGCAGAGUCCUCACAGCCUCAACCUCAGCUCCCGCAAACAAUGUGGUGAAACGCGUUCCACGUGGAUUCCAUCUCACACCAGCGGCGGUGCAGUUUGGGGUCCUGAGAGAGGGGUACACGUACGCCAUGACGGUCACCGUAAAGAACAUCGGAGUGGACUUCUGCAGGUACCGUGUGAAGCCGCCUCCUCCCAGCAGCGGGCUGAGAGUCACUUACACCCCUGGGCCGGUGGCGGCGGGGAUGCAGACCAGAUUCGGCGUGGAGCUGUUUGCGAUGGCCAUUGGUUUGGAGGGGCCGGAAGGAGUCGCCGAGUACUCUCACUCCAUAGAGAUCCAGAGCGAGGUGGAGACCCUGUUCCUGCCGGUGACUGCAACAGUCCUGACAGAGGAGGUGUAUGAGAGGAGAGCGGAGGCUGAGCCCCCACGCAGACUGGCGCCCGGCGUUCGGCUGCUCAGCACAAACCCCAAUGACAGAGCGGAGAUACUGCGGCCAAGUAAAGAGCGGCCGUCAGACUUCUGAUCCGGGUUUGGGUCUGCGACAGAGGACGCUCACCGCUAUUUCACCGAUUAUAUUUUAUUUAAAUAAACAGAAAGCAUCUGG